CUGAGAAGCAUGCAAGAAUUCUCUCCACAAAAUAUUUCAUACACAGUUUUUAAGCUUACUGGUUUUUUGGCCUUGGGGGAAUGGAGACCCUUAUUAUCCAUACCAUAUUUUCUACUGUUUUUAUUGUCUACAAUAUCCAAUUCUAUUAUUAUAUAUUUAAUUGCAUCCCAAAAGAUUCUGCACUCUCCAAUGUAUGUACUAAUAGGUAUUAUGGGUGUUGUGGACUUGUGUUUGCCAAUACUUUGUGUACCAAGUUUGUUACUCAAUUUGCUUAUAGGCUGGAAUGGAAUUACUCUAGUAAGCUGUUUAAUACAAAUGUUUUGCAUACAGAUUCUUGGUGCAUUUCAGUCCACUGUUGGGGUGUGGAUGGCACUGGAUCGGUUCUUUGCCAUAUGCAGGCCACUUUAUUAUCAUGAAUACAUGGAAUUUCACAGCUUUCUCAAGUUUCUUAUUGUGCCAGUUACCAGAAAUCUAAUCUUAAAUAUCAUCAUGAUCUUUUUGGCUGGAAAAUUGAAUUUCUGUACAAUAAAUGAAAUAGAUCACUGUUUCUGUGAACAUAUGGGAUUGGUUCAGUUGGCAUGUGGAGACACAUCUAUUAACAAUCUCAUUGGACUUGUAUCUGCUUUUCUUAUACCAACAUCAGAUUUUCUUUUCAUUACUGCAUCAUAUAUGGUAAUAUUUAUUUCGGUCAUAAAAUCAGGGAAGGCCCAUUUAAAGACAGUCAACACUAGUAUUACACAUAUUAUUGUAAUAACAGUCAGUUUAGCUUUUGCAUUGAUUUCUUAUAUGUCAUACAGAAUAAGAAAUAAUCUUUCUCCUAAUGUUCGAGUAUUUUUGAGUACUAUGUAUAUACUAUUUCCAAGUUGUUUUAAUCCAAUUAUUUAUGGAGUAAGAACAACUGAAAUAAGAAAACAGCUUUUAAAAUUUGUAAACCAUGUAAAAGUCUUACCAUGGUAA